AUGCAUCCACCUCUUCCUCCUUACAUCAAGCGGCAAAUCAGCAUCACGCCGAAGUCGAUACGCGUCGAGCUGGGUGGCCGGGCGGAGAUCAUUUGCAACGUGAACGCCACCCCGGUUGCCAAGAUCUCCUGGCUCAAGAACGGCAUCCCCCUGGUUGCGAACCCCCCGGUGGUCAUCACCGUCGACGAUAAGGUGCUGAUCGCACACGUCACCAUGCAGGACAUGGCCAAUUAUACAUGUGUUGCGGAGAACAUUGCCGGCAAGCGUGUUUCGGAUCCCGUCAGUCUCACCGUCUUCG